ACGUCCUAUCUCCCCUCUAAUCUCUACAGAUCUUCUUAAAUCGAAAAAAAAAGUGCUUUCUUGGUUUUCCUGCUAUAAACCGUCUUUUGUCCCCUUCUCCUAACAAAAGUACAUUUGCACACGUAGAGAGAGAAAGGAAAGAGUUCAAAACUUACACAGACAAACCACAGAAGUUUCUCAUAGUCCCAACACAUUAUCUCAUCCACACUCAAAAUAUAAUUUUUGUGUCUCUCUCUGUUCUUUUUUUUUUGGCAACACAUGAAUCUACUUCUUCUUCUCAUCUGCACCAUUUGGUUCUCUCUCAUUGUUGAUGCAAGACUAGAGAAGGCCACUCUUUCCAACAUUUCUGGGCAUCUUCUUCUUGCUGAGGAAGAACCCACUUCUCACUUUUCUCCAAUGGAUGCUCAAUCUCCAGCAGGAAAUUCUGAGGUUAAAAUAGUGCACCACCAAGAUUUGAACAAGAGAGUUCUUAUUGCACUCAUUGUUGCCUCCACUGUCCUUGGUGGUCUCUUGCUAUUUCUGUCUUGCGGUUGGAUUUAUAGACAUAAGAAGUUGAGAGACUCCAAUGGGAAAAAUCGAAUGAAAACGGAAGAGGCUGCAGAAGGGGUACCAUCUAGUCAAGUCAUGGUCAGAUAUAACACCUCGAGGAUGGGGAGUAGAAGGAGUUCAGUUGCUAUUUUCGAUUACGAAUUGUUGGAAGCUGCAACAAACAAAUUCAGCCAGAGUAAUGACUUGGGUGAGAGUGGCUCGGGGCAUGUCUACAAAGCUCGUUUUGAUGAAAAGCUUCUUGCAACGGUGAAGAAACUUGACGAUGCAUUGCCGGAUGAUGAAAGAAAAUUCGAUAAUGAGUUGAACUGGCUGAGCCAAAUCCGGCACCAGAACAUCAUCAAACUUUUGGGUUACUGCAUUCAUGGCAAAACAAGGCUACUUGUUUAUGAAAUGAUGCGGAACGGCUCACUAGAAACUCAACUGCAUGGACCCACUCAGGGGUCAGCUCUAACUUGGCACCUAAGGCUGAAGAUUGCUGUUGAUGUUGCAAGGGGAUUGGAAUAUCUACAUGAGCACUGUAAUCCUCCUCUAGUCCAUAGAGAUCUACAAUUGUCUAACAUUCUUCUGGAUUCUAAUUUUAAUGCUAAGCUUUCGAAUUUUGGACUUGCUGUGACUUCUGGUACUGAAAACAAGGACAACAUAGGGCUGUCCGGAACCGCCGCUUAUGUAGCUCCAGAGUACAUUUUGGAUGGAAAAUUAACAGAUAAAAGUGAUGUCUAUGCUUUUGGGGUUGUUCUUUUGGAGCUCCUGAUGGGAAGAAAGCUUGUGGAAAACAAGGCGUCAGCUGAAACUGAAAACCAGUCUCUUGUAAAAUGGGCAAUGCCUCAGCUCAUAGACAGAACGAGGCUUCCCAACGUUGUGGAUCAUGUGAUUAGAAAUACUAUGGACCUAAAACACCUCUACCAGGUUGCUGCAGUGGCAGUCCUAUGUGUGCAACCAGAACCAAGUUACAGGCCGUUGAUAACCGAUGUACUGCACUCGCUUAUUCCGCUUGUGCCGGCAGAGCUCGGAGGGUCACUAAGAGUGAUGGAGCCUGUGUCAUCUUCUCAUUGAUUAAGAUUGAUUGUACUUUUGUGACUUAUCUCAUUUGCCAUGUUUAUUCCCACAUAGGCCAGGUGACGUCUACAUUAUUAUGUACAUUAUUAUUGCUUUUAGAGGAUGUAGUAGUAGGCAUUUGACACUGGAAAGUUUUCAAUGAAGGAUUUAGAUGCAGAAAAGUGUACU